AUGCAGGAGGUAGGGGCUGCUUUCGUUGGUCAUUACUACAAGAUGUUUGAUACCAACCGAGCAAGCAUACGAAGUCUCUACCAAGACAACUCUAUGCUGACAUUCGAGGGUGAAAAGUUUCAGGGCGUGGAAGCUAUCUCUCAGAAGCUCAACGGUCUUCAGUUCCAGACUGUGGAGCAUGAGAUCGUCACAUCAGACUAUCAACCAACCAACGGAGGAGGCAUACUAGUCUUCGUCUGUGGCCAUCUCAAGGUGGAUGGUUCCGAGCACCCAAUGAAGUUCAGCCAGGUGUUCACACUCGCUCCCUUGCCAGGGGGUCAAGGAUACUAUUGCUUCAACGAUGUUUUCCGGUUGAUCUACGGAUGA